AUCCUUUACCACCUCCUCGACCCCUAGCUCGGUCGAAAUGGCUUCGCCGCCGGCCUCAACCAGUGCCGGACCGACCCCCUCGGGCUCCAGGAUAGGGCGGCCACCACAGUGGACGGUGUCUCGAUCUCGAAAGCUGGCCCGGCUCUACCUCUACUCCACGCUAUCCAUCGAGAAGAUCAUUAAGGUGCUUGAGGACGAUGGCUUCAACCCGAGAAAGAACUCUGCGCAGAAAACCAUCCAUAAGAUGCUUGACAAUGACCCCCGGUACCUUCGGCCUGAAUCACGCGCCGAGAUGGGUAAACGCAUCAACAGCCUUAACACGUCACCCACGCGGCGGAAGAAGAAAGGGGCCAAGGACCAGCGCAUCGCCGCAAGACAUGGCUUCAGAGAGGAAGAAGUCAUGCUUUCCAACUCGGCAGUGACUUCGCCGUCUGGACUCAGCGUCAAAGCCGAAGACCCGCUCGCGUUCGACUAUUCUGCCUCUCCUGACGGCUCCAACCUUGGAAACUUCAAAUUUCCACCCAAGGCCCGCGAUACAACGGGGACAGACAGCGAAGCGCACUCAGCUGGAGUGCAAAACAUAAAGCGAAGAGUUUCCGAGUGCUCAUCACAUUUUGCCUUGCAACUAUCGUCAUUGAUUAAAGAGUUCACUAUUUCGAUUUGCUCAGAUGGCCAGUCUUCUGGACGCCGCCCCUCGGCAGCGCCCAGCGAAGGGUCAGACCCUGGGGAGUCUCCGGACUCGGAGACUGUUCCGGAACCCUACGAGUCUUUUCCCGAUCCAGGAUUUGCCCUUCCGGGAGACUUUCUCUCGGCCCACACCCGGAGCUGCGCCGACUUCCCGGGCCAACGCCAUGGAGCGGGUGAUUGUUGGUGUUCGAUCGCCAAGGAAACCGCCGAGGACGAGCACUCAUGGGUGCUCCCGGGGGGUGAACUCAGCGAGAGGACACUGCGUGUUCUCCACCAGCCUUCACCAGGCGACGCUAGCCUGCGAGACAGUUGUGGGAACACACCGUUGCACUUGUUUGCAGCCUUGGAAGGAACCCAGGAUAUACUCGUCAGGAUGGUUACCAACUGCGAGGCAGGCCGUUUGACAGCGGUCAACACCGCCCGCCAAACAUUUCUCCACGUUUUGAACCUCGAUUGCCUCAUCUCUCUCUUCGACCCCAUGCUCGCCUCUCGCCGCGAUGCAUUCGGAUUCAACCCCGUCCCCGAGACCGACCCAGCUAACCAAAGCCCAUACAUCCCACCCCGACGGACCGGCAGCCUCUCUCCGCAAGUCGAGGACCUCGCCCGUGCCAGCCCAGGCAGUCGCCCUAACUCCUCUGCCUCCGAAGGCUCCUUCCUAGCUUACCACGCCCGCCUCGUCCAGGUAAUCCAAUCCUCCUACAACAACCCCACUCUCGAGGACACCGACGGCCGCAACGGCCUGCAUUGCCUCGCAGAAGCAAUCCUCAACCAACAAGCCAUGGAUCGCCACGUGCGUUCCUCCUCCUGCUCUUCAACCGGCAGCCGCCCACAUCUCAAGCGAAAACUCGACGCAUCAACAAAAGACACAUCAACUUCCUCAACCGCCACCACCACCCCACUCGGAACCCCCAGUGCAGGCAAUACUGCAACCGGCUUCGCCGAGGGCACGCUGCCAACGCGGCUCCGGCACCUGCACUCGCUGCUGCACCCGUCGGUCUCGGUCUCGGUCAACCACUACGACCGGCGCGGGUACACGCCGCUCAUGGCCUUUGUCGAGCACGUGUCGGACGACCAGGACGAUAAAGCCCGCACCCUGCAGGCCAUCCUGGAGACGCUGGUGCGCGCGGGCGCCGCCGUCGAGGCCCGCAACCGCCGCGGCGAGACCGCGCUGCUCAUGGCCGCGCGCCUCGGCCGUAAAGUGGCACUUGCGACGCUGUUGGAGUGUGGGGCGAAUGUGCAUGCGAGGGAUGUUGAUGGGCGGGGGGUGCUGGAGGUGUUGGAUGCUGAGGUCCGCGGGGACAGGGCAAGGAAGGAGGUCGGCUUGUAUGCGCGGUUGGAGGCGUGUCGGGUGCUGUUGACGGGGCGGAGGGAAUGGGGGGCGGUACUGGGGAAACGCUUCCUGUCGCACCGAGCUGUCAAUGGAGAUCCUUGGAUAGACACCAAGUCGGGGUUCUUUCAGAUGCUCCUCGGCACUAACAUUGAGCUCUGA